AAAGCAGGGAUAAUGUUUUAUAGAGCGAAGUUCUUUAAUUAUUCAAGGAAUUAUGUAAAUGUAUCAAAACGUAUGCUUUCAAAUAGUUCUAAAGAUCAAAGAAAGCAUUUAUGGUCAAUGACAAUUAUCGAGGCUGCAAAUUUGCUAAGACAGAAGAAAAUUUCAACAGUAUCUUUGGUUAAAGAAUGUUUUUCUCGGAUUUCAAAAUAUGAUGCUGAAAUAAACGCGUUUAUAGAGGUGCAAAAUGAGAAAAAAUUACUUGAUAAGGCUCUAGAAAUUGAUGCUAAAGGAUCAUUUAAUGGUUCUUUAGAUGGGAUACCUGUUGCAUAUAAAGAUUUAUUUUGUACAUCUUCCUUAUCAACUACAUGUGGAUCUUUUAUGUUAAAAAAUUUUAAAUCGCCGUUUAAUGCUACUGUCAUCAAUUUUCUUGAAGAAGCGGGUGCUAUUAUGAUUGGAAAAACCAAUAUGGAUGAAUUUGGAAUGGGUGCAGCAAACGUAUAUAGUGUACAUGGUCCGGUGUAUAAUCCUCAAUCAAUUCUUUUUGAUGAAAAUCAUUUUGAAAAGAAUGAUGGGGAUCAACGUGUUGCCGGUGGAAGUUCAGGUGGUAGUGCAGCGGCAGUUGCAUCUGGAAUGUGUUUCGCUGCUUUAGGAUCGGACACCGGAGGAUCUGUUCGCCUUCCUGCUUCAUAUUGUGGCAUAGUGGGAUUUAAACCUUCUUAUGGUCAAUGUUCUCGAUGGGGACUUAUUGCAUAUGCCAACUCGCUGGACACAGUUGGCAUCCUGACAAGAACAGUUAGUGAUGCUCAAAUGAUUUAUGACGUGAUAUCAAAAUUCGACGUGAAUGAUUCAACAUCAAUAACUCCAGAAGUUCGAUCCAUAAAUUCAUCCAUACCAUCAUUUUUUAAAUUAAAUUCAAACGCUGACGAUUUAAGAGGAUUGCGCGUUGGUGUUCCCAAAGAAUAUUUUGUUUCAGAACUUGGUGAAUCUAUUGUUAAUUUAUGGAAAAAAGGGAUUUCUUAUCUAAAAUCACAUGGUGCAACAAUUGUCUCAGUUUCAUGUCCAAGUACAAGAUACGCGUUAUCAGCUUAUUACAUAUUAGCACCAUCAGAAGCUUCUUCCAACUUAGCACGGUUUGAUGGAGUUAGAUAUGGUCAUCGAAGUGAAGAAUCGAAUAAAAAUGAUGGCAUGCUAUAUGCUAAUACAAGAGGAAGGUUUGGCAAAGAAGUUAAAAAACGUAUAAUUUUGGGAACUUAUGCUUUAACUGCAGGAUCUUACGGAAAUUACUUUCUUCAAGCACAAAAAAUUCGUAGGAUGGUAAAAUCAGAUUUUGAUCGAGUUUUUAAAAGACCAAAUCCGUUGCGUUUUACUAAAAAAGACUCGGGAUGCAAUGAAAAUAAAGUCGAUGUUUUAAUAACUCCAGUUACUAUUUCUACUGCACCAAAAAUUGAGGAUUGCUUGACGACUAACGUAAACAAUUUUAUAAAUACUUACGUAAAUGAUGUUUUUGUUGUACCUGCAAGUUUAGCUGGAAUUCCCGCCAUUAGUAUACCUUUUGGUAUAUCCUCGAUUGACGGAUUUCCGAUCGGGUUACAAUUAAUAACACAAUAUGGGGAUGAUGAUACUUUAUUAGGAGUAGCAAAAGUUCUAGAAAAAGGAGCAAAUCAGAAAUAGACCCGAUCCUCUGAAUUAUUUAACAUUUUAUUAUUAUUAUUUUACUGGGUUUUUUUUUUUUAAAAAAAAAA